GGCCGGGGGGUGCCGGAGGAGGGACUAUGGGGAGAGGGAAGGUAUAAGAAGGGAUGCGGGCAGGGGAAGGGGGGUGAUGGAAAGAGGGGGUGCGGGGCCGAGGGGCAGGCGCUGACAGCUGCCUUCCCCUCACCCACAGUCCCCUCCCCCGGUGCCGCCGUGGGGUGGGACUCCCCGGCGGGACACUAUCUCCCGUCCUGCUUCCCACCCACCCCCCCACCCCGACUCGUUGCUGCCCGCCACCGGGGGUCGGUGCUGGGGCGGGCGUGCCGGGGGCGGCCGGACCCGACGGCGCGUCCCGGACGCUGCCCCGUAGCCGGCGGGCAGCGGCACCCCCCCCGGGACGAUGCCCCGGCGGGGCGGGGGCUGGCCGGCCACCGCCGUCCUCCUGGGCGCCCUCUGCCUCCCCGGGGCGCUGGCCUCCUCCCUGCUGACAGGAUCCGUUGCAAAAUGUGAAAAUGAAGGGGAAAUUCUGCAGAUACCAUUUAUCACAGACAACCCUUGUAUAAUGUGUGUUUGCCUGAAUAAGGAAGUGACAUGCAAAAGAGAGAAGUGUCCGAUGCUCUCCAAGGACUGUGCUCUCGUCAUUAAGCAGAGAGGAGCUUGCUGUGAGCGUUGCAAAGAUUGCAGUUUUGGAGGAAAUACGUACAACAGCUCUAUGAAAUGGCACCUCCCUAGCAAUCCCUGCAUUACAUACCAGUGCCAGGAAGGAGUGAUAGUAGAGUCAGAGGUACAGUGUGUUGUUCAUUGCAAAAACCCUUCCAAACUCAUGGGAAUGUGUUGUCCUGUGUGUCCAGGUUGUAUAUUUGAAGGGAGACAUUACAAUGAAGGAGAAGAAUUUAGGCCUGAAGGAAAUAAAUGUACCAAGUGUUCCUGUAUUGGUGGCAGGACACAGUGCGUUCAAGAAGUCUGCCCCAUUCUCUCAUGUCCCCAGCACCUCAGUCACAUUCCUGCUGGACAGUGUUGCCCCAAAUGCUUAGGACAGAGGAAAGUGUUUGACCUCCCGUUUGGAAGCUGCCUCUUUCACAGCAAUGUGUAUGAUAAUGGAUCCUCAUUUAUUUAUGACAACUGCACAACAUGUACAUGCAAGGAUUCAACGGUGAUAUGUAAGAAGAGGUGCUUACUUCCUGGUGAAUGCAACAAAAGCAAAGACCACUGCUGCAAGGAAUGUGUCUCAUAUAUCUCUCCUGAGGAAGUGAAAGUGUGCAAGUUUGGCAAUAAGAUCUUCCAGGAUGGAGAGAUGUGGUCCUCUGUGAACUGCACCAUCUGUGCUUGUGUGAAAGGCAAGACAGAGUGUCGCAAGAAACAGUGCAUUCCAGUCAGCAGCUGUCCUCAUGGUAAAAUCCUGAACAGAAAAGGAUGCUGUCCUAUUUGCACUGAAAAGCCUGGAGUUUGCACUGUAUUUGGAGACCCUCACUACAACACUUUUGAUGGACGGACAUUUAACUUUCAGGGAACAUGUCAAUACGUUUUGACGAAAGACUGCUCCUCCUCUGCCUCGCCCUUCCAGGUGCUGGUAAAAAACGAUGCCCGUCGGACCCGUUCUUUCUCCUGGACAAAGUCAGUGGACCUUGUGUUGGGCAGAAACACUAUCAGCCUCCAGCAGCACCUCACAGUGAAGUGGAAUGGGAGCCGCAUCUCACUACCUUGCGAGACACCACAAUUUCAGAUCGAUUUGGAUGGUUAUUUGCUGAAAGUGACAACCAAAGCAGGCUUGGAAAUUUCAUGGGAUGGAGACAGUUUUGUGGAAGUCAUGGCUGCACCGCAUCUGAAAGGCAAACUCUGUGGUCUGUGUGGCAAUUACAACGGGCACAAGCGAGAUGACCUGAUUGGGGGGGACGGGAAUUUUAAGUUUGAUGUGGAUGACUUCGCCGAAUCUUGGCGUGUGGAGUCCAACGAGUUCUGCAGCCGCCCGCAGCGAAAACCAGUGCCCGAGCUGUGUCAUGGGACAGUGAGGGUGAAACUCCGAGCUCACCGGGAAUGCCAGAAACUCAAAGCGUGGGAGUUUCAGAGCUGUCAUUCAACGGUGGACUAUACCACAUUUUACCGGUCCUGUGUGACAGACAUGUGUGAGUGCCCAGUCCAUAAAAACUGCUAUUGUGAGUCAUUCCUGGCGUACGCCCGAGCCUGUCAGAGGGAAGGGCUGAAAGUCCAGUGGGUACCGGAGCAGAACUGUGCAGCAACCCAGUGUAAACACGGUGCAGUUUAUGAUACCUGCGGUCCUGGAUGUGUCAAAACAUGUGACAACUGGAACGAGAUUGGCCCAUGCAACAAGCCCUGCGUCGCAGGGUGCCACUGCCCGGCAAAUUUAGUUCUUCACAAAGGAAGAUGCAUCAAGCCAGUCCUGUGCCCACAGCGAUGACAUUCGUUCUCUUUCUGCGGACACUAACGUGGGUGUCGCUGACCCCGUCGACGCUCACAGCCAGUGAAGGACUCCAGCUGUUGGUGUGCAGAUUCUGCAAAGUACACGUCUACUCACAGAGUGUAAAUACCUGUGUGUGUAUUUAUGUGUGUUUAUGUAUACACACGUGGCACCUGGAAAGAUUUAUAAAUGUAUACUGUGUGUAUGUAGAUACACAUAUCUAUACACAAGUGCCCUAAACGUAAGUACAACCCAUAUAUUUAUAUAUAUGUCCACACACACAAAUAUACAUCAUUUCUAUAUAUCAUAGAAGGAUGAAUUAUUAUAUGUAUAUUUUUUGCUAUAAAGUUUAUGUAUUAUUAUUUCUAGGACCCUGAUCUGUAAGUCAUUGUAUAAAUAAACCAGGUGUUUUUAAUAUAAUAUAGUGGCAUGAAAAGAUUGGAUGACUUUGCCAUUGCAUAAGUUUGUCGUUUCCAAGGAAACUUUUCUAGGGCCGUAGCGCUGCCAGACUGGAUUAGUUUCAACACCGAACCUGGAUUUACAGUUGUACAGGAAACACAUUUCUCUGGAGAUGGAGGAUUUAUCUAGGAAUAUUUCAUGCGUACCUUACAGCUGCAUAGUGAUUGGUGACAGUGCUUAAUCAGGCAGAGAAAGCUGGGGAUCGGCUUUUAUGCUUUACUGAAAUAACUGUGCAGAAGGAUUUCCAAAGCUGGCUGGCCAACUGCCAGCAUAGAGAUAUUUCUUUUUGGAACGGCACCAAAGAGUCAGGGGCCAGAUUUUCAAAAGUGUUUGGCACCCAGCAGCUCACUUUGAAAAUUUGACCACUUCCCAUUUCAUAUCCUAAUACCCCGUCUCUGUUGUUGUGUUUGGCAGUAGCUAUGAAUACACAAUAAGGAGUUUGAAGAAAAUAUUCAUGUACGUAUUAGCCCCUUUAACAUGUUUGAAACUGCUGGGUUUGUUUCAUAUUUCCCCCAAAUAUUAUGCAGAAAGCAAAUCCCACUGUGAAUUGGAGUGUUUGAUUUCAGUGUGCCUUAAAACAUGAAAUAAUGCCGGGUUUAGUAACUCAUUUAAUUUAUCAGCAUGGUUUAGAAGAAAGACAAAUUCACCCCACCAAAAAAACAGUAGAGAAUGUCGAAAGCUAAUUGGAGAACUGCAGUUUAUUUCCUUACUGGUCUAUUGCUUGAGGUUUAUGAACAUGUGGGCUCUGUGAAGUUUGCAUGACUUUUGAAGUCUCCCAGGGGAGAAGCAAUAAUAUGGGAUUUCAUUAGAAACUGUUAAAAAAGCCAUACAACUUUCUCAACCCUGAAGGGACGGAGGGCUAUUUUUCUUCCACUGGAAAACCUCUUGUACAGCCUGAUGGAACGGUCUCUGGAGAUGACAGAAAUCUUUGGGCAUCUGAUUUAGGUUUAUAAUGAAGUAAUGUCCUCCCACACAGCUACUUCCAUUAUGCCUCGCAUUGAAAUUGCACAUUGUAAUGCUUUGAACAAUUUUCUCCUCUAAUUUUUCACUCUCCAGGAAGUUUCGCAGGGCCUGAGUUUACAGUGAAUGAGUGGGUGCAACACGCUUGGGUUAUACAACCUGUCUGUGAUCCCGUCCUGGAGGAAGAUGCUGAGUGAGCCCGGUUAGCUUAGGCACCACACUAUCCAAAAUGCUGCCCCACCACAGUGUAAAAAAGAGCUGGGCAAAUAAUGCCAGGAGCGUUCCACAGACAUUUGUCCAAAUCUUAAAUAAACUCAGCUUGAUCUUUUUAUGUCCCCUUUGUGUUCGUUUUCUCGGAACAAUCAAAUAAUUUGGUUUUACUGGCAGAGGGUUUCGAAGCCACAUACACAAGUGCACUGGGAAGCAGCAUUGCAAAUGUGCAGAUCCCAUCAGAGCAGGAAACUGGAAGAGUUUUAUGUGGCUCAUGUGAUAAUUGAAUGGCGAAGCUGAAAUUUAGAACAAUUGCAGUUGGUCCAAGGAGUUAAAACAUAAAAUGGCAGCCAUUAAAAUAAUUUAAAGCAUCAGUUAGACCAAAGAACAUUUCAGCCUGUGAGCUUUCAAUGCUGAAAGGCGGGUCUAAACCAUUAAAAGGUUAUUUGCCCAGCUCUAGUUUAGGAUAGAUUUUCAUUACUGAUAGAUUUUCAUUACUUACUGCUCAGUGUUUCCAAAACAAAAAUACAGGCAAAGUGAAUUGCAUACAUGAAUGGUGUCUAGAACUGUCCUUCCCUUUUCUUCUCCUGACUGAUGAAGGUGAAUGGAAGGUGAAAGGAGAGCCCUCCAGCUCUCUCAGUCCACUGAUCGCAUUCAAGCAAUGCUUAAUUGACGCCAGGUGAAGAGGUGACUUCAGUCUAUCUGUAGGAUGAACUCUAUUUUUAAAUCUUAAAAUGGUUCAGUUUGAAACCUGACCUACGGGUCAUCUCAAAAUGAGGACUCAUUCCUCGGUUUAGCUUUUUCACAUCUGCCUAAUUAAGGGUAGCCCCCUGCUUUUUGCUUUAGUGAUGCAUACUGAGGAGGGAGAGGAAUGUGGUUUUACCUCUAAGCUGUCUGAUUGUUCCUUUAUGGUGCUGUAGAGCUUUUUCCUCCAAACUCUACAGUUUUCAAGGCAACAGUAAGAGCUGUCAUCUGCUCAGUUCACAUGUACGGUCUAAGGUAAAGGACUUUGGCUUUUCUAGAAAUUGUCCCCGAGUUUCAACUUGGCACAGAUUUUAUACCCAUAUCCAUAGUUACCCUGUGCCCAACCGAGCUAUUCAGACUACAUCGGUCCCAGCUGAGGCUGUCUCACUCCACUCUUCUGUUUGCCUCUCCCAGGCUUUUCAAAAGUUGAAAGUCUAGCCCAAUAACACCAGUAACAGCAUUACCACUGGCCUCAUAGGGUUUGGGCUGCAGCCCAUCUUCCUCCUUAGCGCAGCGUGCUUUCUAAUUCUGCUGUCUUGCCUCAUUAAAUAUUACCCCUAGGAUGCUAGAGCUGGAAACUUCCUGUGUAUCACUGGGGAUUUAUUUUUGACAAAACUCACUGAUAAUCCAAUUUUAGUGUGCUAAAUGUGUUUAGUCUGCAAUAAUGUGUUUUUAAUAAUAGAGUAAGGUUGAUAAUCCAUAUGGUAUGUCCACCAUGCAAAACUGAUGGUUGUGUAAAUUUUGGUUUUGAUUAUGCUUAUGUCAAUCUGUGCAUACAACUUUGUGCCAAUUUGUAAGGUGAAAUAUAUUUGAAGGAGCAGAGGUUCCAACAAAAACUGAUCCAAAAGGAAAGUCUGAGAAAUAGCUCUGUAAUCCAGUGGAUGGAAUCAAGGAAAGACUUGGAUCAAUAGCUUUGCCAUUAACCUGCAAUGUGUUCCCUGGCAAGUCAUUUAGUAUUCUGUACUUCACUGGGAAAAUGAGGCUCUGGGUUUAUGCAUCUUUUUUAAGUUUAUGGGUAGAAAGUGUUCUGAAAUGCCAUACUUCACCAGGAGAAUGUCAGCUGGUAUUUUACCAAUCUACUCAGGUCUGCUUUGCGUCAGGUUGUCCCAUAUCUCACAUAUCAUUGCUUGAAAGUCAGCUUUUACUUCCUCCUCGUUUAAUUUCAAUUGUGUCUAUUUUUGUCAUAUAUAUUGAGUCUUAUAAACCAUGGAGACAAGCCAUAGCCAAGCAGAGCAAUUUGAGUUGUAGCCCAAGAUGCUGUAGGUACUCCCACAUCUUCCAAGAACACCUUUCUUCUGCACAGUAAGAUAUGCACUUGGAGUAAAAAUGAAAAGAUUCUUAAUAUCAUACCCCUAUCCUUGCAUCACGUCAGUAGUUUCCAGUAGAUAUCCUAAAAGAAGUUUGUUCUCAUCAGAGGCUUUUCUUCUUUUUUUGAACACAGGAUUCAAAUACAGUUUGACACUGCUUGGCCUCCCACUGACAGAACCUGACAUUUGCAAUAGCUGGACUGAUCUUGAGUGACUGUAUAAGGGUAAUUUUUUUGCCUUCAUCAAAAGUGGGCAAGGUUAUGUCAGAGCUAAUGGAUAUGAGAAUAACAGCCCAUGCAUUUGCAGCUGGACAGGCUGGAAAGAGAGGCAGUCAACAGUAUUUAGCACUGAAGUCGUGAGAUGUUUCACGUAUUUCAGGAACAGUCCCAGCUUAAGGGGGCAUUAUGCCAAGGUCUCAGUAUUUGACAAACAGGAACUUUAUGUUACAUACUGCUGAUCAAAUGCUUGUUCUUCUAUCCCUGGUUUUACCAUUUUAGAAAGCCCUGUGGCAAAAGAGAAGUUUCUGCUUCCUUACAGAACAUUUCUUGUCUACAACUGCAAAUUUUUCAGGACAGAGGCCUAACUGUGCUGCCAUUACAGAACUCCUCCUCUCUCUGUGUGAACGCUGUUGCACAGAUUAGUAUUUCUAGUGCAAUAAUCACCAUGACACCUGAGCACCAAACAGUGUCUCUAACAACAAAAUAAGAUUCUCCUAUGAACACGAGGUGGCUCUUGAUCCCUUGGAUGGCCAUGGCACUGUGUUUGAAUGAAGAUGGUACAAUAAUGUGAGGAAGUAAAGAGUCAGGAUGGCAGAAUAGGGGUAAGAGGCAAAUGAGAAAGGAGGAAUUUUUUUCUGUGUGGAUAUUUUCACCUCUAAAUGGGAAGAACUAAACUGAAAGUGUUCUCUGACAAAGGCAAAGUAUGUCCAUACUCCCUGGGCAAAGAAACCCCCAACAACCACCCAAAAAACCAAAACCAACCACAGCGGAAUUGUAUGUUGAGAUCUGAAUAGAACAGGUGUAUAUUGGUAGGUAUAGAAAUCCAUAAUUAAAAUAAAACCAUGAGCUUCUAUUCCUACUUUUCUCUCAACCUUUAAAUCACAGUAGAAGAAGUCAACAAAGUUAAAGAAAGGAAUCUUAUUUCCUGGGCUGAGCUGAGGCAAACGUCUGCAGAAUUCGGUUCUUGUGCUUCCACUAGCACAACAAACCUCGUUUUGUUUCCUCCAGGAUGCGUGUUUUAGUGAACACACAUCAUUUCCCAGUCUACAACUGUCAGACGAAGGCUACAAAUGCACUCUUAUAACUAGUCUUGUUCCAGGCUUUGAGAUAAAAUUGCAAGUUCUACUUUCUACUAAGAGGGCACAAGUUUCCUUUUUGACGAUACUGCUUUUACCAGGCAUCAACAUUGCUUGGCAUCAGGCAGCAUCUUGGAAACUUUAAGCAAUGUUAAAUGAGACACGUAGCAUUUGCUUUUUGCUUGACUUUACCCUUGUCAUUAUGCAUUACCAGUUAGGGCUAGCCCUACAUACAGGAGGAAAUUGCCUCUAAUGGAGGGCGUGUGUGUGGUGGGAGAGUGGUGGCAUUGUGUAAUUACCAUUAUCAUUGAUAGCACUUUGUAUUUCCCUAAGCGAUGCUUAUACCUGGGCAUCAAUAUAAUUUGGUUUUGCACAUGCAAGUGAAAUGAAGGGAAUGUAGGAAUUUCCCACCCAGACAGACCCACAUUUUUUUCUUAUCAAGUGGUGAAGAAAUGCUUCAAAGUGUUCCUCAAAGAACGGUAUGUAAGCCUCGUAAUGGACAGCUCUGCAACAACCUGUUCAUAGCGGUAAUUUAGCCUUAUAUUCUGGCAGUAAGUGGUUGGUACUUUAAUGACCCAAUCACUCAAAGCACUUAACUAUGUGUUCAAACUUUGAAUAACCUCGUUUGCUUCAAUGGGGCAACAUGCAUGCUGACUUCUAACCAUAUGCUUAAAUGGUUUGCUGGGUCAGGGCCAGAGUGUUCAGCAUCUGGCAGGAUCAAGUACUAAACCUCCUAGCAUGAUAUUUCUUAUUUCUUCAUGAUUUCUAGACAUAGAUCUAUUUUAUGAUCAUGCUGCUAUCUACUGCUUGAACAUCAUAGAAGUCAAGGCUUUUUGAAGCCUUUUGUUUUAAGACUUUAGAAGAUCGAAGAAUUUUUUUUCUAUUGAUUUCCAAUGCCAACGUAAUAAUUUCUUACAUUACAUUGUGAUUUCCUACCCUAUUUUAUUUCUUGUUAUUGUUAAAAGAAAGGGGCAUACUGGAAUUUGAUUUUUUUUUUCUUUUGCACUGGUAAAAGUAGGGAACAAUUUCAGUGAGUUAACUGUUGCUAGCUAUACUAGUUUUAAACUGGUUCGAGAUCAUACUAGCACCAUCCUGGCUUUAUAGCUGUGGUGUGGCUGCCCUCAAUUAUUAAGAGUUCUAAUUGCUUCUAGCUAUAGUUCAGUAUAAAACACUGAUAACAUUGUAUUAGAAUAAAAGCCCAAAUCAGUAAUUUUAUAAAUGAAGGGGGAAAAAGUGAUUUGUUUUACUUAAUUUACUUUCACAAUAAUUUUAAAAAUAGUACUAAUAAGGAAAAAGGAAGAGUGAAUAUAGAAACUGAUGAAGAAAAGAAAAUCUAGAAACGAAAGAUUUUUUUUUAACACUUAGUUCAAGUGCUCAGCUUCUUUAAUGACUAUCAUUGAGUGUCACUCAACAAAAAACUUGGUUGGGUUCUACAGAAUAUGGAUCAAAACCCAGAAGUGGAUAAGUGCUGAUGCAAUUCUUACAGUUAAAAUUUCACUGUGUCUUGCAGGGAGUGAAAUAAGUAAGUAGAGUUUGGAGGAAAUUUUUUCUCCUGUCUUAGGCACCUGAACGUUUGUUUGCUAGUUUGGGGUAUAAAUGUGGAGGUGCUUGAACCCCACCAUGUCUGAUCCACAGCCCUGACUUCAUGCUGGUGUGCAUCAAGAAUAACUCUAGGGGAACCCAUACAGUUAUACUUAUUUCAAAAGACAAAUGUGCUCUUUUUUUUUUUUUCAUUUCUUGUUCAUUAUAAUUAACUGUUACCCUGCAAAUGACCAAGGGGAAGAGAAGCUGCAGGGAAAAUUACAGUGUGUAUCACAUAUAUUAGAUGUUUGAAGCCAUUAACGUAUGGAUGGGUUACUUGAAAUAUUUUAUAUGCAAUUUGUGGAGAAUGCUCUGUAGUGUCAAGAGCAUCACUGCAGAAUGUUUACAUUUUAAUGUUUAGAAUUGCUUUGCUUACUCAUGCUAAAUUUUUAACAGAUUUCACCUGAGGUGCAUUCAUGUAAAUAUGAAAUCUAUUUAAAAUUUUACUAAAUUUUUGUCUUCAGUAUGUCUCAGUUUAUACCGUUGUUGAAUUUAAAACGAUUAUGUAGUUAAUGUAUCUUACAGAACUGCAAAACUGUGCAGUAACUUUGACAUGGCUUGUCUUUGAGUGUCUAUACAGUUUUUGCAAGAAUAUUGUACUAAUAUAAUUUUGUAAAAGUAGGAUUGUGAUGAGUAUGUUUGUAAAGACAUUAUUUAUUCCCUUAUAAACUUAAUAUUUAUUAUCUUUAUGCAGAUAAAUAUUGAUGCCUGAUUAUUUCAUAGCUAUCAGUGAAAACUGCUGUUCUGAUUUGCAAGGUCUGACUCAGAAAAGCAACAUCUCCCGCACAAUGGUUGAUACGGUGUUCUCCUAGGAACUGAUGUUAUUUCUUGGGAGGGGAGGGAGGAGCCGUGCAGACUGUUUUUCUUUACUUUUACCUGUGAUUUGGGAGCUGGGAUUUUGGGACACUUUGUUCAGCUGGUGAAUUGUUUAUGUGGUAUCAACUUGGCCAAGUUACUUCACCACUGUUUGCCUUAGUUUUCCCAUGGGUGGAACAGAAAUGAUAAUGCUUUAAAAAAAUCACAGAAUCUUUAGGAACAAUGAAUUUGUUAGAAAUCCAUUGAUCUGUGCUUGGACAAGGCUCCUGUUAAUGUCCGUUGGGCUCCAGAUCAGGCCUCGCAGUUGCCAAGUAUAUUUAUUUUUUUGCAAAGAGGAACCUGCCCUACUUCUAAAAGGGUAAGACCGUCAUGAACCCAAGAGGCCAGGGCUGAGAGCAGGCCUUGCUCUGCACUGAGCAAGAAGGUGUCCUUCUUUGGUGGAUUUCCUUCCCCUGGACCGAGAUGAGGAGAGCGUAGAAGGUAAGAGAUUCGGGAGCUUGUUUGCUUUAAAUUCAUAGGACUGCAGGUGUUGCAUGCUCUGUAGCUAUGAGACUCCUUGCUUGUUCUGGACUAAAUAUAUUGAUGUUAAGUCCUCACUGACAGGCUGCUUCAGUAUUGUGAAAUGCUGAAUGUUCAUUUUAGGGAGGGCAGGCUCAUCUCACCAGUCUUUGUUCCGUUAGGGGGAUGGGAGGGCAUGGCAGAAGUGGCAAGGUCUGUAGUUCAAAGGCUGGGUGAUCUGGCCCUACAUACUAGUGUACCAGGUGACUACUUACAUGGUCACAUGUAACUUUUCCCCCAAAUUACCACUCAGUGGUGAUGGUUACUCCCUAUUAUUCUUCCUCCCCAGAUUGGAUGCAGCAGUAAUGCUGCAGUAUUCUUUUCCUCCCAAGUGCUGGGAGCGCAGUCUACAGACUUUAUCCUCGCUUCUCUCUUGCCAGACUUCACUUGGCCCUUGACAUAAUUAAGCUCAAAAACAGUGAACAUCUGUCUGCCCAACAUGAAGGCUUUACAGACUGACCUUUUUCAGAGCACUUGAACUGUUCUUGGGACAGGGUAGAGGUCCCAUGGUCACCUCUUGCAGCUACAAGUGCUCUGACCCUCAGUGCCUAGGAUGCAGUACCAAAGAUGUCCAGCUUUACAUAGGAAACCCCUAGAAAAGACCAGGAUACAAUCCACAGGUUCAGGAUGGUGUUCAGCCUCGACCCCCAAAAUCCCACCUCCCUGCUGUCCCUCUGCCUCACCCACUGUCCCCCUCCAACAUGUGGUUUAUGGGUCCUGCCGUUGAUGGCCUCCAACCUACGCGGCUCACAUUCAUUGCUGGGUAGAUCCAGUGUGGCCCUGGAAUGGAAGCAGAGGUACAAAAUGAGAAGCUCUCUUAAGGCAUGAUAGGCAGAAGAGCUGCAAGGGCAAUGAGGAAAAAGAGGACAAGGAGCUCCAGCAGAGCACCUUUGGGGCUUAGGCCCCUCCACUCCUGCUGUCUUGUUCAUUUGGGCAGCCUGUUCCUUGCACGUCACAGCAGCAAUCCUUCCCUCCCUGCUCCUGUGCAACACGUUCUGAGCUAGACACCUUCUGACACUAUUUUUUUUCCAUUUUUUUCAUUUUUUUUUAUUUCUUCUUCAAAGAGAAAAGUGUUCUUUAAGAAAAAUAUGGAAGAAAGGGCUUACAGAGAAGCUGAGAAAAAAGCCUAGUGGCUGUUUUUCAUUUAAAUAGUCUCUAGGUUUAUUUAUGCCUUUCAGGUUAUUCACUUAAGUCAGACUAAUGCUUGGAGUACUUUUCUUCGUCACUUACAGUUCAC